GCGACCCUUGUGAGAAUAAGCGGCUGGAUUGAGUGAGUGCGAAUGGUUGUUUGUAUCUUUGUUCCCAGGUGUGCGACCAAUUGAAGAUAAGUUCUCCGUAAAAUGGACGGAUUCGAGGUAUGAGUGACACGGAAGAAACGUGAAGGAGGAAAAAAAGAACAAUUACUGCUCAGUACUCUCACGAGCACUCUGGUUUCAGUGGCAAUGACUGAAGCGAACCACAUCCUGCGCAACCAUCGCAAAGAAAAAAAAGGUGGAGAGAAGCAAAUUGGAGCAGUUUCGCAGUCGCGCGAUGUGUGGUGGCCAAGCACGGACACCUUCACGCGUUGUGGGACGUUCCUCUGCCGCCGCCUCGAAGAUGUGCGUGAGCACGCACUAAAAAAUUUGGACCCCAAGAAUCCCAUCAUGCUGCAGAAUUUGCGCCGGAAGCUGCGGCGGGACAAGGCAGAAAAAUUAAGGCCCGUGCCCUCCCGUCUGCAACCAUCCGCUAUCGACCACCGCCUCAGCUCCUCAGUCCCAGACAUGCGGGACUUCAAGCAGGACGUCUACUGCGCUGUAUCCUCUUCUCCUUACCUUCGCAAGAGUCCCGCACCCUGCUACAGCAGCCCUAACACGCCACUGGCCCAUCCUGCCCGACGAGGUGGCUUAGGUGGCGCAGGGGGAGGAGGAAGUGUAACUACCGGGAGUGAGCACACACUAAGCGUGCCUGCAGACUACACAGACUGGGCGUCCUCUCAGGAGUCGUUCAACAGCAUGCACAUGGACGAUGGACCCACAGAAUGGCGCCGGCUGUCGGGCCGAGGAGGCGGUGUUGGAAUAGAGGCUGAGGAGUUGGCGCUGCCCGAAAUUAUGACCGUUUACAGCCUGGACACAGACACCGGUGCGGACGACAGUAUGCAUGGUGACAUGGAGUCCAGCAGUGUCUUCGAAGGUGGCAGAGAGUCUCUUAGCUCCUUCUUGCUCACCAUCAACCUGAAAGAGGGACGCAACCUGGUCAUCAGGGACCGCUCUGGAACCAGUGACCCAUAUGUGAAGUUCAAGCUGGAGGGUAAGACAAUCUAUAAGAGCAAAGUGAUCUUUAAGAACCUGAACCCCCUGUGGAGUGAGAACUUUUCUGUCCCCGUCCGGAACCUCAGUCAGUGCCUCUAUGUCAAGGUGUAUGAUCGUGACCUGACCACUGAUGAUUUCAUGGGUUCGGCCAACAUCCUUCUCAGUGACCUGGACCUGGACAAGGUAAACGAGCUGUGUCUGCGUCUGGAUGACCCCAACAGCCUAGAGGACGACAUGGGUGAGAUUCUGAUGGACGUGAAGCUCACGCGAAGAAAUGGAGACAGCCGACGCGGACCACGCUGGCCGCAAAUACGAAAGCGCAGUAGUCUGCAGAGCUCGCGGCUGUCAGCGGUAUUGACGAAGAGUCAGCUUUGGACAUCUGUGGCGACAGUGACCCUGGUGGAGGGUCAGGACGUUCCCGUGGACUCGCCAACCGGUCAGUUCUUUGUCCGCUUCCGGCUGGGCGAGCAGCGAUGCAAGAGCAAGAAUGUCAACAAGGUUUCCAAGCCUCAGUGGAGAGAGGCGUUCACCUUGAACCACUUCCUGGAGACACCCAGCAUCCUGGAGGCGGAACUCUGGUCUAAAGACGGCCGACGAGCUGAAGAAUGUUUGGGAGUGUGUCAGGUGGAUAUUUUCGGCAUCCCCAGAGAUGAAAGGCAGCUCUUCACGCUAACGCUGGACUCGGGCCGAGGACGUCUGGUCUUCCUAGUCACAAUCAGCCCCUGUAGCGGGGUCUCCAUCUCAGACUUCUGUGCAGCGCCCCUCGAUGACCCAACCAAGUGCCAGAACCAGCUGGACAACUAUAGCCUUCGAAGGACCUUUAAGAACCUCAGCGACGUGGGCUUUCUCCAAGUCAAAGUCAUCAAGGCAUGCGAUCUGCUGUCCGCUGAUCUGAACGGCAAGAGCGACCCCUUCUGUGUUCUGGAACUCUGCAACGACAGACUGCAAACGCACACUGUCUACAAGAGCCUCCAGCCCGAGUGGAACAAAGUCUUCACCUUUCCGGUCCGAGACAUUCACGAGGUUCUGCUGGCGACCGUCUUCGAUGAGGACGGAGACAAAGCUCCGGACUUCCUGGGAAAAGUGGCCAUUCCUCUGCUUUCGAUCCGUGGGAGGCAGCAGAUCACCAUGCUCCUGAAAAAGGAGGACCUGGGGGGUUUCACCAAAGGAAACAUCACGCUGGAGCUUGAGAUCAUUUUUAAUCCCGUCAGAGCCAGCAUAAGAACAUUCCGACCCCGGGAGAAAAAAUUCAUGGAAGAUAAUCCCAAAUUUUCUAAAAAGGCUUUGGCCAGGAAUGUGCAGCGAGUACAGGCGCUGUACCGGGCCAUCACGUCCACGCUGCAGUAUGUGAAAAGCUGCUUUCAGUGGGAGAGUGUCCAGAGGAGCCUGCUGGCCUUCCUGGUGUUCCUGUAUACAGUGUGGAAUUGGGAGUUCUACAUGCUCCCCCUCAUCCUGGUCCUGCUCAUUUCAUGGAACUACAUCCAGAUCUGCUCCGGACAAAGCAGUCAAGAACUAAGCAGCAUAGACGUAGGUGAUGAAGAGGAGGAUGAUGAGAAGGAAUCUGAACGUCGGGGCUUGAUGCAGAAGAUACACAUGGUGCAGGAUGUUCUUAUCAGCCUUCAGAACUUCCUGGAUGCGGUGGCCAACUUUGGGGAGAGGAUUAAAAACACGUUCAACUGGUCCCAGCCCUUCCUGUCCAGCCUCGCCUUGCUGUGUUUUGUCACGGCAACCGUUCUCACAUAUUACAUUCCACUGCGCUACCUCAUCUUGAUAUGGGGCAUCAACAAAUUUACCAAGCGAUUGCGCAACCCUUUUGCCAUUGACAACAACGAGGUGCUGGACUUCCUGAGCAGGGUGCCUUCAGACGUCGAGAAGGUCCAGUUCAGCGAGCCGAGAGGUGCCAAAAAGAAGAGGACAACGUGAAGCGGCUCCACUUGGAUGACUUUUUAUCUACUUCCUACUUUUGAGUACUGAAACCACGACACCAAAGGACAGAUUUCUUUACCAUUCAUUUAUAUUACUAUAUUAUUAUUGGACGUGUUGCUCCUCCAAUUUUUUAGGUUUUAUUAUGUCAUAUAUAUUAAUAUAUACAUUAUGUGUGUGUGUGUGUGUGUGUGUGUGUGUGUGUAAAUAUAUAUUUGCCAGCCAACAGCGAAUCGGCAGGAGACCGACAACAGCCGCACUCACAAUCACACCUAGGGGCAAUUUAGAGUGUCCAAUUAAUGUUGCAUGUUUUGGAGAUGGGACGCCCAGAAAAUACAAAACAACCAUUCACACUCAUAGUCACACCUAUGGACAAUUUAGUGUGUUCGCUUGACCUACAAUGCAUUUUAGGUAUGUGGGCAAAAAUCGGAGAAAAACCACACAGGCACGGAGGGACCUUGGUAACUGACCCAGCUGAGGCCAUAUUUGAACUUGGAUUCUAAGAAGGGAGAUGUGCUAACCAGUUGGCCAUCAUACUUAUAUUCGUGCAGUAUAUGUGUACAGUAUUUGUAUGCGUGUCUAUAUAUUGGGUAGUGUGUGUAUUAAGGCUGUCAAUCAAUUAAUAUUUUUAAGUUACAUGAUUUCUAUGGUUAACUUGCAUUUACCAUAAUUUCUCGUGUAUAAUACCCCCUCAAAUUUAAAAUGGACACCCCCAUAAUUUGCCCUAAAUAUGAGGAAACCCCUUCUACCUAUGUAUAAUGCACAUGUAUAGAAUGCUAAAUUUACUACUCUCCAUACUCAAAACAUGAAACGCUUACUCAUCGUAUUUUAAUAGGAUUUUAAAAGAAACGUUUUGUCCUGUGAAGCAGUGGAAUACUUGUUGUUAGCACAUCUGCUUCACAGUUCUGAGGACCGGAGUUUAAAUCCAGCUUUGCCUCUGUGGAUUUGUUCUCCAUUUGCCCAAGUGUGUGUCCUCCGGGUUUUUCCCCUAUCCCAAAAACAUGCAUUUGAUGUUGAUUUGAAGACUCCAAAUUGCUCAUAGAUAUGAAUGUGAGCGUCAAAACUUUUUCAUUUAUAUAUGCCUUGAGAUUAUGUGGAGACCAGCUCAGAGUGUACCUCGUCUCUCACCCCAAGUUUGGUGGGAUAGGUUCAAGCUCACAACCCUGGUGUGGAUAAGGGGUAUGAAAAAUUGAUGCAUAUUCUCCUCUGUGCACAUGAAUUGAUGUAAUUCCAUUUUUUUUUUUUUUAAAUAGCAUAAGGCUUACCGGGUAUGUUGCAACUGUGUGCCAUGUCGGCUGUGUCCUUCGGUGACUGGGCAGGUACAAAGGAGUCGAAUGCACCCUUUUGAGUCCACAGCAUUGGCUGAAUCAAUUAGUUGGUUAAUGGUUGGUGUCUAUUCUGGCGGCCAUUACGUGUUUGCUGGUCGUUAAUGUUUUAAAAUUCUCUCAAUGCUUUCAGACAAAUAGCUGCUCAAGGAGUUAGCUAGCUUCUGUAGCAAUGCAGGGUAGCGAUCUGAGAGAGAAUGAGUAGGAUAAAAUGUCUUGAACAUCCCCAACCAGAGAUUGCUUAGUGGUCAGUAGUAAGCGGUAAUUUCUCCAGAUACGUUACAUGGGCAAAAAGGUAGAUAGCGAGUGGCUUGCCACAACGUAACAAUCCAUCUUUGACAUGGGAGUCCAUCUGGAGAGAUAUGAUAUUGAAAUAACGGAAAUUACAACAAAGAUGUCAUAUAUUUAUAACAUUACACAUUACUUAUAUAUUAGAAUGAAAGUACAAGUUUUUAGAAGUCCCUCGGUACUGGGUUUUUGUAUACAUUUAUGCAAUGUGAAAGAAUUUUAUCUUUUUCCUUAUACCUAUGUAUAAUACUUUGACUUUGAUAAAUUUUGGUUGGGAAAACAAAGAUUAUUAUAGUAAUUACAGUGGUCACAGAUCAAUUGGCUAUUUUGUAUCUGUUCUAAAUGUUCAAUCAAGUUUUUAAUAGUCUUAACAUAUGAGUGGACAAAUGCAUACCUUAUACAGAUAUAUUUUUGCAACAUUUCAAAUUCAAGCUCAGGAAACAAGAUGGGCAUAUUACACUGUAAAGCUUCUUACUGUUUUACUGGCAGCAAUGAUCCUGUAAAAUACUGUAAAUUAGUCCAGCACAAUACUGUAAAUUUUCCAGAAAAAUACUGUAUUUUCCAAGAUCUGAUUUUUCAGCAACAUACUGGAGAAAUUUACAGUAUUGUACCCAAUCACUGCAGCCAAUAAAAUACUGUUGUUUUUAAUGAUUCAGUGAUAUGCUGUAAAAAUACUUUUUUUACAAUAAAUGAAUAUUUAGUUAUG